GGAAAAAUACGUUUGUGUGGGCGAUUUGCAUUGAUCGCAAUGUCAAUGCGGAACCUUUCUGCCCUCGGUAGCUCUAACUACACGGACGUGAUUCUUUAACGCACAUUUUCGCAGGCACGGCGUUUGAAAUGGCUGUUACACUUCACACAGAUCUCGGAGAAAUCAAAAUUGAAUUGUUUUGUGAGCGGACACCGAAAGCAUGCGAGAAUUUUCUUGCUUUGUGCGCUAGUGGAUUCUAUAAUGGCAGUGUCUUCCAUCGAAAUAUCAAGGGUUUUAUGGUUCAAACUGGAGACCCUACAGGCACAGGUAAAGGAGGAACGAGUAUAUGGGGUCGCAAAUUUGAAGACGAGUUCAGUGAACACCUAAAGCAUAAUGUCAGAGGAGUGGUCUCAAUGGCAAACAAUGGCCCCAAUACAAAUGGCUCCCAGUUUUUCUUCACAUAUGCCAAACAGCCUCAUCUGGACAUGAAGUACACAGUGUUCGGAAAGAUCAUCGAUGGCCUGGAAACUCUUGAUGAACUGGAGAAACUUCCUGUCAAUGAAAAGACGUUCCGACCUCUCACUGAAACUAAGAUAAAAGACGUGACCAUACAUGCCAACCCUUUUGCUGGAUAGAUAUCUUUUCUGUCAAAAAAUGUGAAUAGGCAUUCAUCAAAAAUGUCAUAUGGUCAUUUUAUAUUAUGUAUGAUCUAGAGAUUGCAGAGAAUAUGUCAUAUCUGCCAAGACACUGAGCCUGGAAUUGUAGACUUAGAAAAAAAGCUAAUAAAUUUACAAGGGAAAUUGCCUUAUUUGUAAAUAUCAUUUGCUGGCAGGGGUUGGGAGUUACACUUCCGUUUUAGGUAUAGUCAUGAUUCUUAAUAAAUGCUUUGCAUCUCUUUUGAUUUAAA